CUGCUUAGCGCUUAGCCGCUAGCCUACCAAAAAGCACUGGAAUCAAGCGAAAAGCCGAGGAUGGCGUUUGUGUUUCAAUAGAGUUAGCGACUUUAUAAUCUGUUACAUUGCUGCGUAGAGUGGAUCCGUUUUCGUUUUUCGUUGUAGCGGAUACACAACAUAUGGUCGCGCAAGGGGAACGAUCGGCAACGACAUCUCUCUCGGCCAUGGGAAUCAUUUAAAGCGCACACCUACAAGUGGCAUUUAUUCAAAUAAUGGCAAGCAGGAAAGAUGACAACAGAGAAUCGUGCCCUAAACUGAGCAGCAGUAGCCCUUCACCAGAGAAAGCCACACAAUAUACUGCAUUUCACACCCAGAAAGAAAGGGAUAAACAUUCAAGUUCUCGUGAACCUUGGCCAACAAAGGGUGAGCUGGACCGAUGGUCAAGAGAGAGAAGUGAUGACUCUCGUGACUCGGCAACAAGGGAACGAGAUCGCAGGUAUAUCCAGGAACGACUCCGAGAUCGGGAACGUGGUCGUCGUGAAGAGGUCAUCUUGUAUUGGCACCAAAGUGGCAACAGUGACAGCAGCGAUGAUGACAGGGUUUCCACAAAAUGUGGAAUUCGUGUUGGUGACACAGGUGCUGAGGAACUGAAAAAAAUGUGUUCCUCAAAAAAGCAACAUUCAUGUGAAGAUGGUCCACAGGUCCAACCGAAAAGUGACAAAGUUCAUCGUGAUGUUCAUCAUGGCAAAGUCAAGGAGAUGGAGAAUGAGGUGAAAAAGGGAUCUGACAGAUGUGAUGACGAAGACCAUCAUUUGACUACCGAUAGACGUAGAGACGGCUCUGACAGGCACAAGGAAAGUUCGGACAGACGUAGGGAUGGCUCAGAGCAGCACAAGGACAGCCGUCGUAAGGAGAGCUCUGGUCACUAUAAGGAGGGUAGUGACAGGCAAAAGGAUGCAGAUGAUUCUAGGCGACACAGAGAUUCAGAUAAAUGGAAAGAUUCGCACCAACACAGAGGCAACAGAGAAAGUUCUCGAUAUGAGGAAGGAGCACAACGUAGAAAUACGAAUCGCAAGGAAGCUGAAGCCAAGGGCGACGAGGAAUUGGAAGGCGCAGAAAAGGAGAAGAAUACCACUGAAAAUAGGACAGGACGAAGAGGUGGAACAGGUGUCAUUACGUCUCGUACUGGAGGUGCCUAUAUUCCGCCAGCUCGCCUUCGCUUGAUGCAGGAAAAAAUAACAGACAAAUCGAGUAUUGAGUAUCAACGGAUUGCCUGGGAAGCUUUGAAGAAAAGCAUCAAUGGUCUUGUGAACAAAGCCAAUGUGGCAAACAUGGAGGUGAUUAUCAAGGAGUUAGUGCAUGAGAACUUGGUUCGUGGGAGAGGCAUCCUAUGCAGGACUAUUAUGCAGGCACAAGCAGCCUCUCCUACGUUCACGCAUGUUUACGGUGCAAUAGUUGCAGUGAUAAACAGCAAAUUCCCACAGACAGGGGAACUUCUCCUCAAACGUUUAGUGAUUCAGUUCCGCCGUGGCUUCAAGCGGAAUGAUAAAGUUGCUUGCAUGGCUUCGGUUCGGUUCACUGCCCAUUUAGUUAACCAGCAAGUAGCGCACGAAGUUCUGGCUCUAGAAGUCCUUACUUUGCUUUUGAGUAGUCCUACGGAUGACUCUGUCGAGGUGGCAAUUGCAUUCCUCAAAGAAUGUGGUAUGAAGCUUACUGAGGUGUCACCAAAGGGUGUGCACGCAAUUUUCGAGCGAUUGAGGAGCAUUCUGCACGAGGCCCAACUUGACAAACGUGUCCAGUACAUGAUUGAGGUAAUGUUUGCAAUUCGCAAAGAUGGCUUCAGCGCGCAUCCAAGUGUGCUUCCAGAGCUGAACCUGGUAAGCGAAGAAGACCAGUACACCCACCUUCUAACAUUGGAUGACCCUACAGAUGGCGAAGACAUAUUGAAUGUUUUCAAGUAUGACCCUGACUAUCUUGAAAAUGAAGAGAAGUAUGCCUCCAUUGCAAAAGACCUUCUUGGAAGUGAUUCUGAGGAGGACGGUUCUGGAAGUGAAGCUGAUGAUGAUGAUGAAGACGGUGAAGAGCAGGGCGAGGAUGCUGAUGACCAAGGAAUUAUUGACUCCACUGAAACCAACCUCAUAGCUCUGCGAAGGACAAUUUACCUUACGAUUCAGUCCAGCGUCAACUUUGAAGAAUGCGCACACAAGUUGCUAAAACUAGAGAUAAAGCCUGGACAGGUGGAAGAGCUGUGCCACAUGAUUCUUGAUUGCUGUGCACAGCAAAGAACGUAUGAAAAGUUUUAUGGACUGCUGGCGCAGAGGUUCUGUCAGCUGAAGAAAGAGUAUGCAGAACCCUUUGAGCAAAUCUUUGUUACGUCAUAUGACAUGAUUCAUCGCUUUGAAACAAAUAAGCUGCGCAACAUUGCAAAGUUCUUUGCACACCUCCUUUUUACUGAUGCUAUUCCUUGGACGGUUUUGCAUCACAUCAAAUUGACUGAAGAGGACACAACAUCAUCAAGUCGCAUUUUCAUCAAAAUACUGUUCCAGGAACUGUGUGAAUUUAUGGGGCUUUCCAGUCUCAACCAGAGGAUCAAGGACCCCACACUGCAAGAAGCCUUUGACGGCCUCUUUCCAAGGGACUUGCCAAAAAACACUCGUUUUGCCAUUAACUUCUUCACCUCUAUUGGCCUUGGUGGUCUCACGGAUGACCUACGCGAGCACCUGAAGUCCGCUCCAAAGCUCCCACCUCCGGAUGCUAUCAUAAAGGAGCAGUUACCUGUCUCAUCUUCAUCAUCCAGUUCAAGCUCUUCCUCAUCAGACUCUUCCUCAAGUAGCGAGGAUAGUGACAGUGACUCUAGCAGUGAGUCCGGUGGCCACAAUAAGAAAGCUAGAGAGAAGCAGCACAGAAAAUCUCAUCACGGAAGUCGCACUUGUCAUCCUCCAAAACGAUCCAGAUAUAGUAAUAACAAGGGCAAGGUUCAUGCGAAACAUUGAGCAUGUGAAAUAACAUUGAGGUAUUUGAAGUGAGCUGGAGUAAUAUACUGGAACACAAGAUAUUGUAUCAUUUGGUGGUACCAGGUGUGCAGGUAAAGUGUUUCACAUAAUCACCAGUGUCAAAGCAGUUGGUAGUAAGCCUAGGGAGCAGAUAUAUCAGCAUUAUUCCUGGCUUAGUUUUGUGUUGCCUUUAAUUGAAACAAGUGCUAGCAUUACUACUACUUUGACAACAUAGACAAGGACUAUUUCUAAUUAUGAUUAUAAGAAGUAGUUCUGUGCUGUUGCAUUGGUGAUCUAAAAGUGACCGUGGGAAAGUAAGUUUGUACCCUGCACCGCGAAGAGCGAAGCUGUGGUAUAACUGCACUGGUGCUCACCAAUAUACAUGACGCUGUUAAGGACUACUUUAGCUCAUGCUCCGUUAAAUGUCAAGUCAUUGUCAUCAUUAAGGGCUUCUUACAUUCAAGGUCCAAAAAAUUAUUAAAGAAAGGGAAUGCCUUA